CGAUGCCGUGCUGCUGGUGCUGUGACGUUAAAGAUAUUCCUGUGUUCUAUCUGAAAUACGCGCGACUAAAACGCAUUUAGUCGAAAAUUAUAGGAAAAAAUAAUAAAAAAAUUUACAACAGGAUAUGGCUGCUGUGAGUUCAAUAUCAAAUGUUGAAAAUCUCUCGCCACAAAUAAUACGCCGUGUGGCAAAAGAAAUGACCGAGCUAACGACUCAACCACCCGAGGGCAUACGCGUUAUUUUGAACGAGGAAGAUGUCACAGACAUUCAAGCUAUCAUCGAGGGUCCUUCUGGAACACCGUAUGCCGGUGGGUUUUUCAGAGUUAAAUUAGCUCUUGGUAAAGACUUCCCUCAAGGACCACCAAAAGCAUUUUUUCUUACAAAAAUUUUUCACCCUAAUGUUGCGAAAAAUGGAGAAAUAUGUGUUAAUACGUUGAAGAAGGACUGGAAAUCAGACCUCGGAAUUCAACAUAUAUUAUUGACAGUAAAAUGUUUAUUGAUAGUGCCAAAUGCCGAAUCUGCAUUGAAUGAAGAGGCUGGUAAAUUAUUAUUAGAGAGGUAUGAUGAUUAUUCUGAAAGAGCAAAGAUGAUGACAGAAAUACAUGCACAGGGCGGUGGAAAAGGCAGUAAAGCAGGUCUGGAAAGCUGCACUUCCUCUGAAGUCGGAGGGCCCCUGCCAAAAAAGCACGCAGGUGAUAAAAAACUAACAGCCGAAAAGAAAAAGAUGUUGAAAGAUAAAAAAAGAACGCUUAAAAGAUUAUAAGAGAAAAUCAGUCUCCCCUUUUAUCUUUUUUAUAAUUUAAAAACACUGGUGUGCUAAAGAUGCCUCGUAUUGUACACAAUUAUUAUUAUUGCAUAGUAAAAAAUUUAUUAUCUAAACUCGACUGAUCUUAUUAUUAAGCAUUUAGAAAAUUAAUUUAUAGAGUCAGUGCGUGAUGACUUCCUAAAUUAUAUGAAAAAGCAAGUACAAUUCUGUAGUGAUCUCUGCAAUUGUGGGCUGAGUUUAACAGUCGUUAGGCCCUCUCUGUGGCCUCUAUUAGUAAAUAUUUUUACAUAUGUACAAAAUGACAAAUCGUGUGAUUAUUUAAAUAAAAUGAAUUGUUCUCCAUACAUGAAA